AUGAUCACUUCUGUGUCUAUCAUCUACUUCGUUAUUCUAUUGACUUUUGAAAAUAUUAUACAUGGUGGAUUAGUGGCGAUUCCAACAGAGGAUGAUCGUACAUUUAUAAAAAAUUCCGAUCUCUUCAAAGGAGACAUCCUUUUCCGACCGCAUGUGAAAGAUCGGGCUCUAUCGACAACUCGAUCAGAUGCACGAUGGCCAAAUGGAAUCAUUCCAUAUGCUUGGAAAAGCAAGACCUGUGAUGCUGAAGGAAAGAAUUGUAUUUACGAAGACAUUCCUUCACAUAGUCCUUCGGAACAAGAUACCGUUCUGUUGGCGAUGCGAAGAAUCGAAGAAGCAACUGCUAUCAAUGAUAAGCCUUGUAUUCAGUUUCGACCGAAAAUUUGGGCGGAUGACGCAUACGUUUCGAUUUUCAAUGGAGCCGGAUGUUGGGCUCAUCUUGGUUACUAUUCUGAAUAUGAAAGUCUUGUCUCUUUGGGACCAGGCUAUUCUGGCGAUUGUGAUGGUUCACGUUGUGGCUGUUUCAAAGGACAUUGUUGGGCUUAUACAGAUGCUGGUUACACAAAACAAGGUGACUGGUGGUGUUAUACUCAAAAGGCAGGGACUGUAGGUAAACAAGAAAAUUGGCAAACAUGUUCUCAGAAUAAUGAAUGUUCUUGGUAUCGAUCAUGUGGUAGCUGUCGACAAUAUAGAAGAGAGGAAGCAGUGCAUCAAGAUGCUUGUGAUUCACCUGUAGGAAGACCUUUAACUGAUGAUUGCAAUGGUUCACGUUGUGGUUGUUACAAAGGACGCUGUUGGGCUUAUGCAGAUGCUGGUUACACAAAGCAAGGCGACUGGUGGUGUUAUACUCAAAAGGCAGGAACUGUAGGUAAACAAGAAAACUGGCAAACGUGUUCUCAAGAUAAUGCAUGUUCCUGGGCUCGAUCAUGUGGUAACUGUCGACAAUAUAGAGGUGCGGAGGCAGUGCAUCAAGAUACUUGUUAA